CGCUACCCCGAACUUGAACUGGCGAUUUGGGGGUCGUUUGACUCAACGUCUUUGUCUGCCAUCCUUGUCUCCGUCUCGACGUAAAAGUGCAUAACACGGUUCGCGGAACCGUCACCAACUGAAAGCGAGCCAUGGUCAACUUCACCAUCCUCGCGGGGGGAUAUACGGCGUUCGUCGCCUCGUACUUGUUCGACAGCGACGCGUCGACGCUCUCGCUGCUCAACCAGUCGCCCACGGGCCCGAGUCCGUCGUGGAUCACGCUUCAUCCGUUCAAUUCGAGCAUCCUAUAUGCGGUGAACGAGGUGACGGAGGGCGCGCUGCAGUCGUACGUCGUCGGCCCCGAGGGCGCGCUGGCUGGGCCUGUGGACACCAUCCCCUCCGGGGGCGACGCGCCGGCGUAUUGCGGCGCGCUGAGCAGCGGCCAGGUCGCAGUGAUGAACUACAACUCGGGCAACGGCAAGAUCAUCCCGGUGGAGAGCGGAGGGCUGGUCUUUGACAAGUCCGCGCGCGUGGUGACGUUCCCGCCUCCGGAGGGCGGCGUCUCGCACCCGCACGAGGCUAUUCAGGACGGAGACGAGGUCCUGGUCCCAGACCUGGGCGGCGACAAAGUCUGGCGGCUCGCGCAGAACGGCAGCGCAGGCGAGUGGGCGAUUCAAGGCUUGAUCGAGCAACCAAAGGGUAGUGGUCCGAGGCACGCGGUGGUCAACGACGGGUACUUUUACGUCCUCCAUGAACUCGCCAGCACCCUCACUGCGCAAGCCCUCCCCAAGGCACCCAACGGCAGCUCGCCCCUGCUCUCCAACGAAUCGACCCUCCCCCCGACGUAUCCCUCCGGCUCCGCCUUCGCCGCCGGCGAAAUCCUUCUCUCGCCCAAAUCGCCCGCCUUCCCGGAGCAGUACAUCUACACGUCGAACCGCAACACGGGCACGCUCGACGCGCGGGGCGACACGAUCGUGGUCUGGGCGAUGCAGUCGGACGGCUCGGUGCGGCAGGUGAAGCAGGUGUACACGGGGCUGGACCAGAUCCGCGGGAUGAUGCUGAGCACGGGCGCGGACGGGGCGGGCGAGUAUCUCGUCGCGGCGGGAUUCGCGGGCACCGCGGGCGUGCAGGUCUACAAGUGCGUGAGGGGCGGGGCGGAUUUGCAGCUUGUCGCGACGAAUGCGGAUAUACCCACGAGGACGAGUUUUGUCUGGCUCCCGCUAUGACUCGCGGUGUAAUGUACAGGACUUGACGUCUCGGAGUAACAAGCGUACACUAUGCCUGCAGUGGA